AUAAUAAAGGUGCGGCGGUGUAAAUGACGCACACUUCCUCUUUAAAAGCGCAGCAGUGUGUGGUUGGAUGCUGAGCCACAGACCCUCCUUCAGUCGAUCGGCGCUGUGUGUGUGUGAGUAGUUGACUAGUUGAUCUACGGCGGAGACAAACACGGAUGCUGAUCACACCACGUGCGGGAGACUGGAGUUUGUUCUUAUUUCACCUAAAAGCCGGGACUACCGCGGAACUUUACGCAGAGGAACGUGUCUGAUCCUGUGAGGCGACACCUGAGGGAAACUGAAUAUUAAUCCAGUUUGUUUGUAAUCUCCUCCUCGUGCCCACUUGUUGAUGGAGCACCAGCGGAAACGUCUGCGGGACAUUCGUGUGCGUAAUUUGGAUGAGAGUCGAUUCCGCGACGCGGCGAAAUUAGACGCUCUGAGCUGUGCGGUUUCCCUGCAGACGGUGGUCAUGUUUGGCGCACGGUAACAAGUGUUUGCACAUUUAACUGUCGGGCAGCGGCAUGGGGAACCAGAUGGACAAGCUGUCACAUUUAAGUUACGCAGAAGUUCCCACGAUGGACCCGAACGGCGUGGACGCGGAGGACGGACCGCGGAUCGGCGUCUCUUACAUCUUCUCGAACGACGACGACGAGCUGGAGGAAGGCUGCGCGAGCGACGGCACAGUGAAAGACCCGAAUCAGGAAGAGAAACAAUACGACCAGCGCGACGAGGUGUCGUGCGCCGUCUACCACAAGGAGGAGUGCAUUUACGAGAAGAGCGUGAAGUCUGCAAACCUGGAGGUUUACUCCCCCGAGAACCUGCUCAACAAAUGUAAGGCGGGAGACCUGGUGGAGUUUGUGGCGACGGGACAGUUCCCGCACUGGGCCGUGUAUGUGGGAGACUUCCAGGUGGUGCACCUGCACAGAGCAGAGGUGAAGAACAGUUUCCUGACUGAUGCGAGCCAAGGAAGGAGGUGCAGGGUUGUGAACGACUUGUACAGAUUUAAGGCUCUCGGUGCGGACAUGGUGGUGCAGAACGCGAUGGAGCAGGUGGGUUUAAAGGAGCGAGAGCUGAGCUGGAGGAACUCGGAGUGCUUCGCCGCCUGGUGCAGGUUCGGCAAGAGGGAGUUCAAAAUGGGCGGGGAGAUACGGAUAGGCAAACAGCCGUACAGGUUGAAAAUAUGCAUAUCAGACAAACACUCACACGUGUUGGAGUUUCAGAGUUUGGAGGACAUGGUCAUGGAGAAGAGGAGGAACGAUCACCUGGGCAGGAGAGCGGUGCUGCAGGAGCUGGCCACUCAUUUCAACAGCGUGGAGGAGACGAGAAGGGAGCCAGGUCCUGAAUGAUGCCAGUCCCACCAUUUACCCUUUAGCCUUUUCCAAACACAGUCUGUGCCACUCUGCUCCAAUCCACUCCUUCAGGUGUAGUUUGAAAGGUCCAUUAUGUAACAUGUUGUGGGAAAUUGUAUUUACUAUCCAUACAUUUGUUUCAUAUGCAUAUAAUGGCUUUAAAAUAACAAUAAUAAAAUGGUCCCAUAGCCUUGAAAUAA